AUGGGCUGCUCUGCUGUGCUGUGCGCGGGGCGGCGGCACCGGCCACGCGCGACACACGAGGAGGACAUGGCGCAGAGCGUGUACACGGUGCCCGAGGUGGUGGCCGAGAUCCGCGACAAGGCGACGCGGCGCCGCCUGGCCGCGCUGCCCUACGAGCUGCGCUUCCGCCGCCCGCGGCCCGACUGCGUGCGGCUCGUGACCGACUUCGCCAGGAAGACGGGCGACUACCCCAGCCUCUCGGCCACCGACCUGCAGGUCCUCGCCCUCACCUACGAGCUCGAGGCCGAGACCGUGGGGCCCGAGCGGCUGCGGCGGGAGCCCGAGGACAAGGUGCGGCUCAGCUCCUCCCUGCAGCACCCCGAGGCGCCCCUGCACCUCGCCGGCUUCCACCUGCCCUCCAAGCACAAGCGGCCGGGAAAAGGGCAGCGCCUGCCCAGCCCCGAGAGGAGCCCGGCCGAGAGCCCCGAGUUCAGCUCCUUCCUCUACUGGAGAGCCCCCCUGCCCAGCAUCGAGGAGGACUUGCAGGAGCUGCUGAACGCUCACGCCGUCACCAUCAGUCCAGAGGUGGACGAGAAGCAGCAGAGGCCAGAAAACAGGGACAGCGCCGAGGAGGAAAGCGAAGAGGAGAGUGACGAUGAAGGCUGGAUCACGCCCAGCAACAUCAAGGAGGUGCAGCAGGACAUGGGGCACUUUGACACCGCCCCGGCCGGCGUGCAGGUCGGCUGCGUCACCACCGACUUCGCCAUGCAGAACGUGCUGCUGCAGAUGGGGCUGCACGUGCUGGCGGUGAACGGCAUGCUGAUCCGCCAGGCCCGGAGCCACAUCCUGCGCUGCCAUGGCUGCUUCAAGACAACGUCCGACAUGAGCAAGGUGUUUUGUCCUCACUGUGGUAACAAGACACUGAAGAAGGUUGCGGUGAGCGUGAGCGACGAUGGGAGCCUCCACUUGCACUUCUCCCGCAACCCCAAGGUGCUCAACCCCCGGGGGCUCCGGUACCCGCUGCCGGCUCCGCAGGGCGGGAAGCAUGCCAACAACCCGCACCUGGUGGAAGACCAGCCCUUCCCGCAGCAGCGGCUCUCGCGCAAGGCCAGGCAGAAGACCGACGUCUUCAACCCCGACUACGUUGCCGGGGUGUCUCCCUUUGCGGAGAACGACGUCUACAGCCGCGCAGCCAACCUGCAGAUCCGCGACGCGGCCCUGGGCGCAGGCCGGAGGCGCCUGAACCCCAACGCCGUGACCAAAAAGUUUGUGAAGAGGAGAUGAACUGCGACCCUGCCGCCCGCACGGCGGGGAGGGCCCUGCACGGGGUCUCACGCGCGUCACCGCCCCAUGUUUAGG